UGGGACUCUUCAGCUUCGUCACCGUGUCUGGAGCAGAGGCGUCGCAGAGUUUCGCCCGGUUGACAUUCCCGGAGGAAGAAGAGGGUGUGCUCGACAUUUACCUGUCCGCUCUUAACCUGCUCCUCUUGUCGUGUUGAGAAACUUGUCGGUCGUCGAGUUUCAGCCGCUUAAACACUGGCUUCACUCAGGAGUAAGACGGAGAAAGCAUUAAAGGAUGCGAAGAAGUUCCUGACUCGUGGCCCCAACAUGAGUGUGACAUCAUGGUUUCUGGUGAGCAGCUCUGGCACGCGCCACCGGUUGCCGCGGGAGAUGAUCUUUGUUGGACGUGACGAUUGUGAGCUAAUGCUGCAGUCUCGAAGUGUGGACAAACAGCACGCCGUGAUCAACUACGACCCAAACACAGAUGAGCACAUGGUGAAGGACCUCGGCAGUUUGAAUGGGACAUUUGUGAAUGACCUCAGAAUCCCAGACCAGACGUACAUCACCCUCAAGCUCUCAGAUGUCAUUCGCUUCGGUUAUGAUGCUCAUGUUUAUAUCCUGGAGAAGAGUCAACACAAAGUCCCAGAGGAAGCUCUUAAACAUGAAAAGUACACCAGCCAGUUGCAGCUUAGUUUAAAAGCCCUGGAGGCCAAGGUGAAGGAAAAACAGCAGCUCCAGAGCUCAGAGAAGAGCAAAGAUGCUAUUUCCAACGUUAAGCCACAGGACAGAACUGAGCGAAGAGCCCAGUCACUCACAGCUGCCACAGAUACUCCAAUAUCCAGGCCUACUCCUCUGUACGGCCAACCGUCCUGGUGGGGAGAGGAUGAGGACAACAACAAGCAAAACAGAGGUGGAAAAUCGCCAGAACAGGGGUCUCCAGAGCCUGCUAAAGAUGGGUCCAGAUAUGAGGUCAGCAGUUCUCUGUCUGACAGUCAGGCCAAGUCCAUCUUCUCCUACCGCCGGGAGGCCAGCUACUUUGAGAACCCAACAAAGGAGCUACAGCAGCCUUCUCCUAAGAAACCUGAGUCGCAGGUUCAUGAAGUUCCAACUAAGGACAGUCCAGAUCCCUCCCAGUCUGUCCCCUCGACUUCCACACCUUCUGUGGUCCAAAGCCAUGCCUCCUUCACCAUUGAAUUUGAUGACUGCUCACCAGGCAAAAUGAAGAUCAAGGACCACGUGACCAAGUUCUCUUUCCGCCAACAGCGAAAACUACCUUCCACCGAUGUUACCACACCCACUGAGAUGAUGUCAGCAGAAAGCAAAGUUGCUGAUUGGCUGGUCCAAAGCAAUGCUAGCAUGAUAAGGAAGAGGUCAAAGGCUGAAGACAUGUAUAGCACCAACAGUGAUCCAUCACUUCUAAAGAUGACCAAGGAAAACCAUGGUGAGGAUGGUACUCAAAGUGAUUCAGGGAAUCAUGCAACCAAUGGAAAAGAUUUUCUACAAUCAGAACCUCAGAUUGGGUCCCAGGUGUCUCCGCAACCCCUGAGAGCCUCCCCACCACAACGCUUCUCCCCUGACUCUGAGGAGCCUUUGUCCUACUCUCCUCCAGAGUCUCAGUCCCUUUCCAGUCUUGGCAAGGCUGAUCCUCAACAAGCCUUUGUCAUUGAGUUCUUUGAUGAUAACUCAAGAAAGAAGCGUUCCCAGUCGUUCACCAGUAACACUACCCUGCCUGAUCCGUCAGGCCUCAGGGCCCAGCUGGAGAAGACAAAGAAAAGCUCGAGCCCAAAUGGGGAGAGACAUGUCCAAUCUCCAGCCACUCCCCCAACCCAACGAUAUACGAUCCCCCUAAAGGGUUCUGCUUCCACAGGUCCCCAAAGAGCUGGCUCUCUAAGAAGGGAAAAGACAGAGGACCGGAUCAGUAGCAAAUAUUCCUCUCACUCUUCAUCCUCUCAUUCUGUCAGGCCUUUUAGCAGUGUGGGACGGAGAUCCAAACUCGCCCAGGAAUUUACUGCUGAAUUGCUUAAACAAACAAAGCAGGGCUCUACUGCCACCUGGGAGAAAAAUAAAACCAGUCCCCCAACAAAAUUCCAAACGGGGACAAAAGUGGUAUCACAGUCACGGUCCCCUAGCCCUCCUCCAUCUAAUGUUCCCUAUCAGCCCCAGACCUCCUCCCCUGUCCACGAGCCUGUUUCCCUCAAAGCUCCCGUGAUGCCCCUGUCACCUAAGAGCAUGGAAGUCAAGAGCCCCCAUGGUGGCCCCAGAAACGAAGAGGAGGACAGUCUGAGUGACGCAGGAACCUACACCAUUGAAGCUGAUAUCCAAGAUAAAGAGAUAGAAGAGGCAAGGAACAAGAUUGAUCAGGCAAGUUUCUUUCUGGUGUUUGGUGUUGUUGAGAGCCCAGAGCGAACCAACAAGACCGAAGCAGAAACAUCAGCAACAUUUAGGCCUGUUUUUGUUCAGGGCAGUGAGCAGCAUAGGCAGAGUAGCUGUGGGGAGGUAAAGCCAGCAGGUGCAGUGUUACAGGGGGCUCCUAAGUGGAUGUCUUGCUGGGCCAGCUUGGCAGACAGCUACACAGAAUCUGGCCCUUCGUCUGGCCUCUUUGACACCCCUUCCCAGAUGGAGCUGUCAGGAGGGGCACGAGGUACAAUCGUCCACAAGGCGACGCUCAGCAGAAGCCAUGACAGCGGUGACUCUGAAGGCUCAAGAGCUCGACGCAUCCUGCCCCAGGUACCGCAGGGGGAGAAAAAUGACAUUCCAGCUCCCAGCAUUCAUGUUCAUUAUGACCCACAUUCAACCUUUAAUGUAGAGGAGAAUAGUUUGGUGGCCCCCAGGUCCCAGGAAGGCAUUCAUAGGUUAUCAGUGCAGGAUGACGUAGAGCCUGAUAGUCUUAGUGAUGCCAGCAAGUCAGAUGACAGUUCCAUCAUUGAGCAGAGGAGACCGCUGUCAGACACAGAAGAGAAGAAAAAUGAGGACAAGCCCAAACUCCCGGCUAAGUCUACAUCAUUCUACAUCGGGUCAGAGGAGGCUGUGUGCCGACCAGAACGUGGAGGCUCAAAACCGAACACUCCUAAGGCUGAGAGAAAACAAUCCAUCAAAACAUUCUCAACGGCCACCCUGACCAAACAGAGGGGUAACCAGGACUCUGGGAAAGUCAAGCCCAGCAUGUCCGCUCCAAUCCUGGGCCAGGGGACACAGAGCAAUGACUUUAAAGAAAGUACAGUAUCUCCAUUAAUCAGGCAAGAGAGCUUCACCAAGGAGCGGCCUAGCAAUGCCAGAUUGCCCAACAUCUCUUGUGAGCCUCCUCAAAGAGAUCCAGACCCCAACUUAUUCCAGGGAUCCUGCAAGCAGGACACUCAUUCUUACCUCAAACAGACAGAAGAUGUUCUGGCUGUUCUGGAGGCCAAGCUCCAAGCAGGACAACCAGAACCAACUCCGUCUCCUAUAAUGGACUCUUUCUCUGGGGAGUCUGAUGUAGAUACCUCCAGCACAGUCAGCCAGCAUAGCAAUAAGACCAAGCCAAACACACUAACUAAAAAAACCUCUAUUAGUAGCUUUAACAGGGAGAGGUCUUCAGCCAGUAUAGCUAGUCAGGACUCAAAUCACCAGUCCUCCACUUCUGAGCGCCUGUCAGAAAAACGGCGCUCUCAGGGAACAGACAGCAACAAUAAAACUGAGUCUGUGAGGAGACCAGUUGGACUUAGACGUAGUACUGGGAAACGUGGCUCCACAGACCUCAGUGAUGACCCUCACAGCAGUGUACCUUACUCUGAUCAAGAGUCAAACACCCACCAAACCCGCAAGAAAUACACUGUGCCCCUUCAAAAGGAGGACGCCAAGAGCUCCCGAGUGUUGACUCGCGCCAACAGCUUGUCAGCCCCAAGACCCACCAGGGCAUCCAUGCUUCGGAGGGCUCGCCUCGGUGAAGCCUCUGACAACGAGGGUACUGAGACCGACAGGCUGUCCCAGGAGGCAGACAACAUCCAAGCUAAGCAGCCCCAGGAAACCAAGAAACUCUCCAGGUUGGAUAUGCUGGCGAUGCCUCGUAAGCGGACGAGCUCAUUCAACACACCCAGUGACACCGAGACCUCCUCCACACCACAGUGGACAGGCAAGAGCACAGGAUUCUCCAACCGUAGCACAGAGUAUGGCAGCAGCUCGGUCCGCAGGGCCUCUGCUCCAGGGCCGAAACCUGCAGAAAGGCCACAGAAAGCAGCUCUCAACAGGACACCAGUCACUCGCGUACGUUCCAGCAGUGCCAAAUAUGCCAGUAGCACAGCAAGCUCCAGAAGACGACAGAAAGGCUCUGACUAUACCUCUACCUCAGACGAGGAGUACGACUCAAACCAGAGCACUCCUAAACAUAAACGCUCCCAACCUUCCUCAGCCUCUCAUAGCCCACGCAGUCAUCCUCGGUCCCAGCCGGUGGUUGCGCUCCGUCCCAAACCUCGCAGCAGAGAUUCUGAGGACGAGAACCAUGAGGGAGACGCCUUCCACAAUUGGUCCUCCCACAGUGCUGAGAUUGCACGGUUGAGUCAAGACCUGGCUAAAGACCUUGCUAUCUUGGCCAGAGAGAUCCAUGAUGUGGCGGGUGAUGGUGACGCUCAGAGCUCUGCAGUGGAGAGCGGCAUACCUGUCUCCACAGUGACCGCUCAUGAACAGCUGGUUCACCGUAUUCCAGAGGCUGGAUUAAACUACCAGAGAGUCCCACCAAAUUCUGCAUCAACAAUGGACACGGACCAGAACUUGAGUGACCGUGAACAGAGCUCCAGGCAGCGAGCUCGGAAGAGAGAAGAGGCCAUUGUUGACAAUCUGAUGCUGAAUCCAGUGUCUCAGAUCAUCGCAGCCAUCAGAGAGAACACUGAGCAACUCGCUGAGAAAAUAAAGGUACUGUUUCAGGACAGGAUGGAUGUUUGGGAAGAAAUUGAGUCUAAAGUUAAUUCUGACAGUGAGGUCCCAGUUGUCAAAACCUCCAACAAGGAAAUCACAUCUAUUUUGAAAGAACUCAGAAGAGUUCAAAGACAACUUGAGGUCAUUAACACAGUCGUGGAGCCCAGUGGGCCUGAAGAGACCAGGGCCUCUUCAUCGUCUGGAGUUCGGCUCUCCAGAUCAUCGGCGUCGCGAGACUGGAGAACAGUCCACUCUGCCUCUAAACGAGGUGGCGGCCCGAGGCCCAGCGAGAGUGUCAGGAGAGCGGCUGUGACACCAGAUGAUCUCAGAGAGGGAUAUUUAGUUUGAGAUAUGACACAAACACACAGGUUCAACCUGUCCUGAACUUCUGCUAUGAACGCAGCUGCUGGACCAUUGUGCAGAAAGUGAAACCAAGAGGGGGAAGUGAAACCGACAACUUCCUGCACAUCCAAACAUUCACACCUCUGCACUUUGGGCACUACACACCUACACUGUACUCAGUGGUGUAACACACAGGCAAGCCUGCAGUAAACGCCCUUAAAAUAAACUUGGUGUGAGGCCCUCAUAUGAGGUGAUGAUUUAAGGAAGAACCAUAAUAUUUAAAUAGAUCUAUUUCACUUGUAACGGACCUCAAAACUAUACUUGAUUGUGUGUGUGUUUGACAUCAGCCUCGUUAUUUGCCAAUGAUACGACCAACAUUGCUGAUUUUUGAAAGCUUAAUGAAAUUACUUGAUUUAAUUGAAAACCAGCCUGAGCAUAAUCAACUCAGGGAAAUCUUAUAAAGAUAUGUGUUUAGUGACAAAUCACAUUUUUGAGAAGUUAUUCAUAGAUAUUUGUUCUAAGUACAAAGAACUGCAGUUACAUUUUGCAGUUGUUGGUGUACUGUGUAUAUUCAGUAAUUCCCCGUUGCAUUUCCUUUUUUUUUCAUGUUAAUGUCUAUUGUUUGCCACUUUCCUCAUUCAUCACCAGAUUAGAGAAGAAUGUAAAAAGUAUUUAUUAGGGGAUUUUUGGGAGACGUUUGUGGUAAUUUAUAACUGAAACAAGAUGACUUCGAUAGAGAGUUGGUAGACUCAAGUGCUAGACCAAGUAAUGUAUUCACAAUUGUGUGUAUUUAUUCUGGUAACAUAUCUCAGUGUAGCAACUCUGUUCACGCCCUUCUCAGUACUUUGACACCAUCUAUUUUGUCCAGCUGGGGGUGAAAAUCCCUCAGGAAUGUGUGGUCCGAAUAGAGGGAGGGGCUCAGUCACCGGGCAACCAGAAAUGCAAGUGGCUAUAAAACACUACGAAUUACUUUUCAGUCAUUCCUCAUGAGCCCUAUACUUUAAGAUAAGAUUUGUAUCAAACACAAAUGGCUUACACUUGUUCAGACAAUCAAAACGACAAGAAUGAGACUCCUUUAUCUGUGUUUAUCAGUGACACAGUAUUCUGCUACUGAGCAUAUCACACCACAUGUAAACUAUCCAUAUGGUUGUUGUUAUACACUAAGAGCUAUCAGAGCACUGUGAUAAGUGUUUGACAUUUCCUCUGAAGUCACAUGGUGGGUCCUCGCAUGACAGGAGAAGUCAUGUAAAUUCCCAUUGAGGUGUAGAAAUUGUAGAUGUUGACGUCAGUCUGUAAAUAUCUAAAGAUAAUCUAUAUUUCCUACAGAAUACCUCUCAAUUUUUUUGCACUAAUGGAGUACACUAUCCCCUCAACCUUAUAUGCUGCAAACUGAAAGCCUUUACUCUCCUGUGAAAGAUUGUAAACAUUUGAUCAUUUUGAGGCUAAAGCAGGAAAGAAAGCAAACCAGUUCACCAGCAAGUUUUUCUCCCCUUUUCCCAGUCCAGGUUUGUACAUGUGAUUGUAAUUGGGAAGUUUCCUAUAAGUGCCACAGAGCUGUGUGAGAUAAUGCCUCAUACAGCCAAGCACAGUGGUUGUUUACAGGCAAAAAAAAAAAUGAAUGUUUGUCCUCUUGCUCAAAGUUUUGCUGCUAUUCAUCUUCUGUGGGAUUUUAUUUCCCUUUUUGUGCUUUACUCCAUCUAAGUCCAAGCUAAAGAAAGUCACAGCUGAAAUUUAAGUCUAGUGUGUCAAAUUUGUGUCCCAUUUUUCAUAUUCAAUUUCAGUUACACAUUCUUUCAUGUAGAGUUAUAUUGUUAUCUUGUUGGUUGGUCUCUGUGUUUGGUUGUUUGUGUAAAUUGUGUUAAGAUGAUUUAAUGUUUUUGUUUUUUUCAAAUAAAUUUCAUUAGCA